CUGUUCCUCACUGGAUGCUUAGAGGGCUAAUCAAGAGUGUUGGAGGAGGAACUAUAGAGCUGGGCUUCUUCCUGGACCUGGACUCACCUCUUCAAUGGCUAGGCCAUGCCACUCAGCUCUUCUUCUGUCUCACCUUUAUUAUCAAUAACUGCUUCCUGCUCACAGCCAUGGGGUAUGAUUGCUAUGUGGCCAUCUGCAACCGACUACAGUAUUCAGUCAUCAUGGGUAAAGAGUCCUGUAUCCAGUUGGCAUCUGGGUCCCUGGGAAUUGGCCUGGGUAUGGCCAUUGUCCAGGUAACAUCUGUUUUUGGCCUGCCCUUCUGUGACGCCUUUGUCAUCUCUCACUUCUUCUGUGACAUGAGACCCCUGCUGAAGCUGGCCUGCACAGACAACACUGUCAACCAUAUCAUCAACUUUGUUGUCAAUGUUUUUGUCCUUAUUCUACCCAUGGGCUUGGUCUUCGUCUUCUAUGUCCUCAUCAUCUCCACCAUCCUCAAGAUUGCUUCAGCUGAGGAUCAGAAGAAGGCCUUUGCCACCUGCGCCUCCCACCUCAUCAUCCACUAUGGCUGUGCCUCCGUCAUUUACCUGAGGCCUAAGUCCCAGAGUUCCCUGGGGCAGGACAGACUCAUCUCAGUGACCUACACUGUCAUCACUCCUCUGCUGAACCCUGUCGUGUACAGCCUGAGGAAUAAGGAAGUCAAAGAUGCUCUGUGCAGAGCCAGGGGCAAAAGCCCCUCUCCUCUCAGUGAGGAGGUCGUUGAAGGCCUUUUCUUACAUUUUGUAAAUAUGUAUUAAUUUUAAUGCUGUAUCAAUAAUACCUUUAAGUAUGGGAUCAGGAAGAAUAGACUAAAUUGAAUUGGGUGCUAAAACUGGAGACUUCCAUUUGAGCUAGUCAUGGUUCUCUGUGUCCUCCUUUAGAGAGGAUAGAAAAUGACUUGGCAUACAUUUAAGAAUAUAGGGGAAAGAUUUACCUGCCUGGAUCACUCCUACCUAUGUUCUGUUACACAUCCAUGCACACAUCUACAUAUGCCCUGAGAAUAUACUGGGUUAUACAACUCCAGUAAAGCACAAAAUCCAGCAAGGUUCUAGAAAGCUAAUGAACAAAGUGUUUGGAAACCACCUCAGAAAAAGCUCUGUUGUUGUUGUUCAGGGUGUAAGUAAUUUAUGCAAAAUUUUAACAAAUAAGUGUGGAGACACAUGCAUGUCCUUUUCUAUGGAUAUUGAAGGCUUUCUUGUAAUCUCUUUUUGCUGCUUACUAAUAUCUCAUCACAGCCUGAGGACUCUUCAGAAGGCCAAAAAAAACUCACAACAACAACACUCCCCAAGUGGAUAGAACUGCCCUAACUGACCGUUCCUGGAAAUGAGGAGUACAAAUGUGGGAUAGCAAAAAAUCAUCAGCUACUAGAACACAGAAGUGGGUUGUCCACAGUCCCAAGAUGCCUAGGUGAGAAAACUCCAAUUUGGAAAGGAGAGCAUGCUGAACAGUUCAAUGAUUUUCACAUCUCCAAUGCAGGAGUGAAAGAGGAUGGAGGCUGUAAGAAGCCAAGCAAAAUCAUAGAUCCUUUUGCAGGGUAGACCUAAAUCUUUGAAAUAGUGUUAUAAAUGUAAGCACUUUAACUAUAACUUCUGAAAUUAUUUAUUAAUGAGCAGAAGUCUGAAGCUUGACUUAAUGAAAAAGUUUUCCAGUAAGUUCCUAAACUGUCAGAGGUUAAUCUUCAGAAAUUUUUUCUUAGACACUGCCAACUUAAAACCUGAGGUAAAAAACAGCAUUUCAUGUUUGAGCAUCACAGAAGGUGAAGGCUUAUGCCCUGGUCCUCUCUCCCUCAUCCUUCCACUCCACUCUGGCCUUCUAUACUGAAGAACAGGUAUAACCUGAGUUUCAAACCCAGUUCUUAUAGUCUCCAGAAUCCAACUGAUCCCAUGGGGUGAUGCUGCAGAGGCAAGAUAUCACUUGUAAGAGUGACAUGAAGUUAGCUGGGUGCUGAGGAUAGGACAAGCCAGUGGAAAUUAACAGAUCUUCUAAGUCAAGUUAACAUGUCUUGCUUUGCCAAGAAACACUGGAGUGUGCUAUCUGACCAGAGAUAAAAGGUAUCUUUGCCUUUGUGACCAGAUUUCUAGAAAAGAUAGUCAGUUUAUUUCUGUUAGGAU